AUGGCGAGAUGUUCGUAUACGGCGGAACAACUGUCCGGACCCGGCAGCAGGGUUGCAACGGACCGAGAAAAGUCCGGUCUGGAGGAAUUGGCUACGCUAUUUAGCAGUUUGGAUGAACUUAAAGAGGCGGCUGCGACCAGGUUAAAAAAACAGAAGGACCAGGACAGAAGGUGGCCGACGGCCGUGAAACCUACCUCUUCCGUGUCAGGUACACCCAACCCACCCAAGACCACGAUGCCUAGCGCUGGCACUUCAUAG